UCAAUUUUAUUUAUUAAAUAAUCAAAUUUUACUAAUUUUAACAGUGAAAAAUUAAAACUGGAUAACUGGGCCGCUUAGAUGAGGGCCAAACUUCCCACUCAUGAAUUGGCCCUAAAAGCCCAUCUAUAAUUCAUUCUUCUAUGACAACUGCUAAGGAGAAGGAAACACGCAUCCCUUUAUUUCCUGCUGUAUUGGACAAUUCAUCGUUCUCCCAAAGCCAAGCCAGAGCAGUGAGUUUAGGGAUUGACAGUACAAUGAAUACCGAGCAACCAAAGAAGACCAAUGAAAUCAAUGACACCCCGAAGAUUGAUCUCUUUGAAGAUGAUGACGAGUUUGAAGAGUUUAACCUCGAUGAAAAUGAAGAUGGGAUGAAAGACGAGGAAAAAGUUGUACAGCAGCCAAACCAGUGGGAAGAUGAUUGGGACGACGAUGACGUCACUGAUGACUUCUCCAUGCAACUCAGGAAGGAAUUGGAAAACAACAACACUGAGAAGAAGAACCAAGUUGGUGUUCCCAUUUCCUAAUGACAUUGUGCACCUACACAAGUCUAUGAAUGUUUGUCCUCAGACUUCUUGUUCAUUUAUGUUUGGUUUAAUGAAAGAUCCAACUUUUUUCUUCUCAAUCAAAUCCUACAUUAUUCUAGCUUUUUGCCCAAAGAAGUGCCUCUGUUAUUCUAGGUACACUCACCUUCUCCACACCUCAUUUGUGGGAUUUUAUUGGGCAUUUGUUUGACGAAAAAAGUCUCGUGUUCUAU